AAAAAAUUAGUCAUCAUCCCUAUUAACACUAGUGUCUAUUUAAGCUCCCCAGAAUGAGGUUUAAGGAAUGUCUUUGCUCUACUUCGGAUGUUACAAGUUGUUUCGGUCGGUGGCUAAGUAACCCUGUUCGAGGUAGCAAUACAAUCAAUUCCACAAGAUCGCCAGAUUCUCUUCCCGUUGCAACCAUACCUGCAAUAACCACGUGCAAAACAUCAACUAUCUAUAGGGCUCAUGCUUCCGAUCAGAAAACAUUUAUAACAUCAAGCUCCGUGCCUAGAAUUAGGUUUUUGGUGGCGUAUACAUGAGAUGUUAUGGGUGCACGCGGCCUAGCGAAGUGGCGUUGGUGUCUGGUGGUGGUGGCGUGGACGUGGGGUGCUGCCGCUCGCACGCUCUGCCCUGCGCGAUGCGCCUGCGACGACGCGUUGCGAGCUGCCUCUUGCGCCAAUGCAGGCCUCGAAAUCGUGCCCAUACAGCUCAAUCCAGAAGCUACCCACAUCAACCUCACACACAACUCAAUAGACAAUCUGCUUUAUACGUUCGCCUUCUACACCCAACUAACCAUACUCGAUAUCUCAUACAACAAAAUACAAGACUUAGGUAGUAAAAAUUUCGAAAACAAUCUGGAGAUGACCCAUCUCAAUGUCAGUCAUAAUUUCCUCAAACGACUUGAUAAGGACACAUUCGUCGGUCUAAAAGGUCUACUCGAUUUGGAUUUGUCUGAUAAUGAAAUAUCAAAUAUACAUGCACAAACAUUCAAAAGUUUGUCUGGUUUGGAACGCCUUGAUUUAUCAAAUAACAAGCUCGUGAGCUUUGAAGCGAAUACUUUUGAACCCCUGAAUGCUCUGAAGAUCUUAUCUCUCAAAAACAAUUCAAUUUUAGAUAUACCUUCGGAAAAUCUCUUGUUUAUAGUACAUCUAGAAUAUUUAGAUUUGUCUGAAAAUUUAAUACAGAUAGUUUCCAAGCAUGGUAUACCAUAUUUAAAGGAAUUGAAAAAUUUAGACUUGAAUAGCAAUAUCAUUGAGAGUGUGGACCAAUUGGGAUUUCAUCGAUUACCCUCACUGAGGCAUUUGGAUCUUAGCGACAACAACAUGACAACGAUUCCCACCUCAGCUCUUUCGAAACUUUCGAACUUGUCGCACUUGUACCUCAGUGGAAACUUCUUUCAAAACGUAACAGCGCUCUCGUUUCAAAGUUUGUUCCAUUUAAAACAUUUACAUUUGAGCAGACUUUAUGAACUAGAUAAAAUAGAUUCGAGAGCUUUUGUUGACAACAUAAACCUACAAAAGAUAUGGAUGAAUGAAAAUGUUAAGAUCAGAGAAGUUCCGCCGAGAUUAUUUCACGGUAAUCCAAAGUUAACUCAUGUGUAUAUGAGGAAUAAUGCAUUAGAAACUCUGGAAGCGUCUCAUUUUCCGAUUGACAGAUUGCAAGAACUAGAAAUAUCUGGCAAUCCAUUCGUUUGCAAUUGUUCAAUUUUAUGGCUUUGGAAACUAGGAAAAGAAAGUGAAGUCAGUCAAAAAAAAUCUGGCAAUGCUAGUUCAAUAUUGAAAAUAGACUAUGAAGAUGUGAAAUGUGCUGCACCGGAAAAUUUAAAAGACGUUAUAUUUGUUAAAGUUCCUGAGUCUGAGUUUGGUUGUUCUAGUGGUUGGGUUAUUGUUGCAGUUGUGGUGCUAACCGUGAGUAUCGUUAUUAGUAUGGUCGGGGUUGUUUUGUACUUUAUGGGACCUUUGAAGAAAUGUAAGGGAGACAAAUCAAAGCAGGUGAUGACUAGUGUUAUGUUGAAUGGUGAUGUGUCCAAAUUAAGUAACGGGUUAGGGUAUUCAACGAGAAGUAGGGAGCAAGACAACAAACGAGACGUCGAUCGGUACCUAAUGAUCGGUUCAUCUGUGACUAAUAACUUCCAUUCGUUAAAUCCUCCAUGGCAUAGUGUAGAUAAGAAUCCAUACUAUCAAGAAGACAGCGAAGAACAUAUUUACCAACAGUUCGCCUAUGAAACUAUUCCACCCCAUAGGACGCCAGAGAAACCACACAUAGUGUACGUCUAACAUAAGUUUUGCGCAAAGGACAAUGUCGCAGAUAUAUUCUUUGGCGCGUUAUAUGUAUAAAGUCAUUGUGUAUCCAAAAGACAUGGGACUUUGAAUUCGCAAUAAUGUAAAUAGUGAUACGAUUGAAAUUGUAAUAUGUGAUAGCUUUGUAUAUAGUCUUGUAAAUAAAAUUAAUUCAGUUCAUACGAAGAAAACUUAAAAAACUUCUGUUCUUAAUUUUGUACUUAACUGAUUUAAGAAGUUAUUUUAGGGAAAACCAGCGGACUGUAAAUUGAAUGUUGGAGUGCCAUCGCUGGUGUUUGAAUUUUGUCCAUCUUUUUGGAAUGAUUUAUUGUUAUGUAAGAGCAAUGCUUUUGUUGCAAUAAAGAGGUACAUAAGUAGCUUUGUAGGUACAGUUGAGACUAUUAUACCCCUUCUUAUUUCUAAUUAAACCUUGUUACCUUUUCAUAAUAGAAAUAUAGGAUGAUCUCGACGAUCAUGGUACUGUUUUAAUUACCUGUUCCUUUUACAUUAUGGGUACUCAUAUACUUUUAAGUGCUUUGUAAAAAAAUCUUUUA